UUUCCUAUGUUGAUGAAUUAAGAGUAGAACACAGAACUGAAAUUCAGUUUCUUAUUUUCCCUUCUCCCAGUGGUUUAUUAACUGUGUGUUUCUGCACAGAAUAACUCACGGGAAGUGCAACACUGCGCCUGGUUUCUUUUGUCUGUCCCGGGACACUUUGAAAGAAAGAAAUCACUCUUGGUAUAUGGGUAUCACUGGCAAGGACAGCACGUAUUGCCCUUCGCUAAUUGCCUUUUAAGGUAGCAGUGAGCUAUGUGGUAGAAGUGCUCCUGUGCUUUUAGGAAGGUAGUCCAAGGGUUUUGACCUGGGAGUGAUGAAAGAAUGGCUGAGGUAUAUCCAAGUAGUAGUGGACCUGCCUUUAUUCUUCCAGGUUGUGGGUUGUGAAUUUGGGUGGAUGUUGCGAAUCGUGAUGCUUGAGGUGCUGUAAACUAUGUGACCGGCUCAGUGAAUAGUUGGUCUUUUCCUUUACUAUCUCAGUCGGUAUGCUUGCCUCUGGUUAUUUCUAAUGUGUUUUAUUCCUCCCUGCUGUGCCUGUCCUUUUCAGCCCCUUGGUUCAGUUCAACUUGCUGCAUUCCAAGUUCCACUUGUGCAGCGUUCCGACCCGCGCACUGCUGCUGUCCUCUUACAUCAAGUUUGUCAACCUCUUCCCUGAGACCAAGACCACAAUCCAGGAUGUGCUGCGCAGUGACAGCCAGCUCCGAAACUCUGAUGUGGAACUCCAGCAGAGGGCCGUGGAGUACCUCAAGCUCAGCUCAAUUGCCAGUACUGAUGUCCUGGCUACUGUCUUAGAAGAGAUGCCCCCAUUCCCUGAAAGGGAAUCCUCCAUCCUCGCAAAGCUCAAGAAAAAGAAGGGACCAGGCACUGUGACGGAUAUGGAGGAAGGAAAGAAGGAACAAACAGAGGUCAAUGGUGGCGUUGAGCCAGCUGUGAAUGCCAGUACCGUGUCCACGCCCUCUCCAUCUGCUGAUCUUCUGGGUCUGAAGAGCGCUCCUGCCAGUGGAGGCAGCCUGUUGGUGGAUGUGUUUUCUGAUGCAGUGCCAGCAACUGGUGCCUUGGCACCCGGAUCUGAAGACAACUUCUCCCGGUAAGC